GUAGAAUGAGGAAUUAGUUGUUUUGAAAUUCAUCAUGGAUCUUGUAGAGUGUAGAGCAGAAAGAGUCCCGUCUCUGUGACUACCACGAAAGCAUCCAGUUUCCUUGGCAACAGCGUCUAGCAACGCUUCCUUGCCAACCAGCCAGCGCUCUUUCCGGCGGCGGCCUAGAACAAGAGGAUCAUGAAUGACCUGCAGGACUUCAGUGCUCUGGACAACCUCUCAGAUUUGGAGAAGUAUUUCACCGUGUUUGAAGGCUCGUCGCAGGAAGACGUGGCCUACGCGAAGGUCUUCUGGAAUUCGCUGUCUCUGCAGCCACCAGUAGAGUCCAGCCUGGUCUCUGUAGACAUCAGGCAGCGGCUGAAGGUGGCCAAGACCCCACAACCCACCAACCAUGGUCCCAGGCAUUCAUCAAACUCCAAGAAUGAUGAGAUCCUUCAGAGGGCUUAUCAGAGACAGAUGGAGGACGAGAGGAAGAGAUAUAUGGAAAUGGCGAAGAAACGAGAUGAGAUCAUGAUGCUCUUAAAGAAGCAAAGAGAAGAGCGCAUUAAGAAAGAGAUGAUAUCCUUACAGCACAAGCCAAGAAGGUCGGACCCGACUGAGAGCGUUUCUCUAAAGACUCCACCUGAGGUUCUGGAUCAGGACAUAAAAGAAGUCCAAGCGCUAAUAUGAAGGGCACCUUCAGCUGUAUGCAAUAACCAGAGACAUUCCUCCUCUCCUACUAAAAACAUCUC